AGUUCCCUUUGUAUAAUUUUUCCCCUCUGUACAUAUCCGGCUUUGCGCCACCUCUUUGACCACCGUCUAAGCAUCUAUCGGAGUUUUGACAUCGUUAAUUUCGUUCGUCGGAACCCUGUCUGUGCAUUCACCAGCAAUCGCUUCUUCAACUUCGCCUCCAACUUCUCCGGCGUAGCUCCCUCAUUCGAUCAUGUCUGCCCUAGGAGUUCCCGUCGUCCCCGCCCCAACUCCGCCUCAAAUCCACGAGAACGUCUAGAGCUAUGCCCGAAAUUACGCUUCUCUCUUCAUUCUCCUCUUCUCCUGCUGUCUGAUAAGCACUUGAGGCCUUUAAUGGGAAAACGGUAGUUCUGGAUGUAAAUUCUGUCAAAGCAAUCAAUAAAGAAAUGGAUAUGAAAAGACGGUUGCCGGAAUGGAUGGUUUGUAUGCCUGCUGCUGGUCAUGGGAAAAAGAAAUCCGAAACUCAAGAUAUCAGUAAUGGUGAAAAUGUAGAGGAGGUGGAGGUUACAAAAAAAUCCAAAAAGAAAGAUUUAAAGGAUGGUCAGGUAAAGAAAAAAUCAAGAACUACGGAUGCAAGCAAUGGUGAAAGUGGAGAGGAGAGAGUGAAGAAGAAAUCCAAAACUAACUACACAAAGUGUGGUGAGCAUACAGAUGGAAAGGUGGUGGAGAAAGAAACUAGAAGUAGAGAUGUGAACACUUGUGAAACUGCAUCAGACUUAAAGUUGAGACAGAGACAGACUGGAACAAAACGUAUGAGGGCAAGGGCAAGGCAUGAUACAGAAGACCUGAAGGAGGAGUCGUGUUUGCUUGUAAGAUGUGAAACAACACAGAGAAGCAGGAGAAAGGUAAGCCUAGAAGAUAACAAUUGUAAUUAUGAGAGUGACUUUGAGAUGAGGAAGCAGUCUGGAGUAGCAAAAAACAUUGAUGAAGCUGAGCCUCCUUUGAGAAGACAAAAAACAAAAGCAAAGAGCUCUGUGUUUGAGAUCACUGAUAAAAAUCAAGACUUAAUGAGCAUUGCUGAGGAGUAUGCCAGUGAAGAUGAAGAUCUGACCGUUGAUGAUCUGUUGACUCUUGCCAAAGAGAAUACAAUUUCUCAAAUCCCCCCUCCCUCACAGUGUGUCAAUGAAGAAUGCAAAGGUGAGCAAAAUAUGUCAUCACCCAGAGAAAGCACAGCGACAAUCCCGCUUGGAGAUACUGAUAUAUCUGCAGGCCCAAUCAUCUUAAAAGGCAGUAUAUCAGCUAAGGAUACAUCAAGCAGUGAGGCUCUUCCUAAACCAAACAUCACAGGAAGUCCCGCACAAGAUAUGUUGAAUUUGUUUUUGGGCCCUCUAUUAAAGAAAACUCAAGAAGAAAAGGAGGUUGAAGUAGCUAGAGACGACAUAUAUUUUGCUUAUGAUCGUGACCUUAAAAGUUCAAAUCGAAAUGUUGAUCUCAAGGAUCUUUCAGCUCCAUUGGCAAAGAAAAAAAGCAGUCUCAAAGACAAGGUAGCAAUGUUAUUUGAUUAAAGUUUGGGUUGGAAUAAGAAUAUAUAAUACUAUAGAAUGAAAGGACUACUGAUUAAGAUGCUAGAUUUCCUGGUUUGCAUCUACUCCCUGAAUAUACAUAUAUUAAAUAUGUUGCUAAAUGUAAUAUAUCCUUUUUUUUUUUUAAUAUCACCAAA